AUGAUCUUCAAUAACUACGAUAGAAACACGUUUCUGUUGAAGGAGACGUCAAAUGAGCCACGUGCUCUCUACAAACUGCCCAAUAACUACCGAGUCAUCCUCGAAGUCGAGCUGAACAGACGCAUCCAAAGAAUAUCCGGAUCAAAGGGCGAGAAGAUCCUCAUAGGCGGAACCAAUGGCGUUGGGAAGACCAAGUUUUUCGUCUACUUGUUGAACGACUACAAGUCGCAGGUGUUUCUUGAGAAUCUCGAUUCGGAAAUCACGGCCACGAUAUUUCUGACUUACGACGAGUUCUAUUCCGUGAUCUCGUACUUGGAGCAGGAUCCACUGAUUCUGAAUGGAACUGUCUUAGACAACCUGUUUCUGCCUCUGUCUGAGAAGAUGCGUGUCCUUGAGGUAGUUGCUAAGUACGAUAGGCUGAAUGAAAUUCUUUCUGAUCACAUCAGGAGCAAUAGGGUGUUCACGAACAACAGGGUUGAUUACGACACGAAGAGUGCAAUCAGCCUGUUACGAGCACUCUACCUGGCAGAAAAUAGGGAAAUACUCCUCUUUGAUGAUCCAGAUGAAAUUUAUUUGGAUGAAAUAUUCCGAGUCAAUAAGGACAAGUGCAUUCUGAUAACAGGCCACUACUCCAAGGAGGCUGAAUCCAAGUUCAACAGGGUUGUGAGAAUCACGGCACCAAACAGCGUAGAAUCAAGCACGGAAGACCAAAGUGGGGUCUAA